ACAACCACCGUCAAGAUGGGUGAACCGGAGAGAAACAACAAGAAAAUCCUGCAAAACAUCAAAAUGCCCGAGCAAAGCAACGAUUACCGAGUGGUGGUAUUCGGCGCGGGCGGUGUAGGCAAGAGCUCCCUGGUGCUGCGAUUCAUCAAGGGAACGUUCCGAGAGAGUUACAUUCCCACCAUAGAGGACACGUACCGGCAGGUUAUCAGCUGCAAUAAAAACAUAUGCACACUGCAAAUUACCGACACCACGGGAUCGCAUCAGUUCCCGGCAAUGCAGCGCCUGUCCAUCACCAAGGGUCACGCAUUCAUACUGGUGUAUUCCGUCUGUUCGAAACAGAGCCUCGAGGAGCUGCGACCAAUCUGGAGUCUAAUAAGAGAGUUGAAGGGUGACGAAAUAUCUCAAAUACCCGUGAUGCUGGUGGGAAACAAAUGUGAUGAAAGUGAAGACUUACGGGAGGUGACCAACAUCGAGGGUCAAACGGAAGCUGCUACCUGGGGCGUAUCGUUUAUGGAAACGUCGGCCAAAGAAAACCACAAUGUUACCGAACUGUUUCAGGAACUACUCAACAUGGAAAAGAACCGAAACGUCUCACUUCAACUGGACGGCAAGAACAAAAAGAAAAACAAGAAAAAGAUGAUGAAGGAGCAAGCGAAGGAGGAAAAACUGCUCAAGGAAAAGAAGGAAAAGCAGCUGCAGCGAGAAAAGGAGAAGGGCAAGGAAAAGGAGAAGGACAAAGAAAAACAGGCGAAGGACAAGGACAAAGCCAAGGAAGGGAAGGACAAGACGGCUUCCAGUAACGCACAGCCGCCGGCGGCCGGCGAGGGAAGCGGCACACUGAAGGAAAAGUGCAAAGUGAUGUGAAAAGCCGGCCAAAGGGACCUACUAGUAUCAUUGACCGUUCACGAUGAAGACGACAACGAUUACGAAAACGGCGACGACAACUUCAACGACUUGGACUAUGACGAACACGAUGACGGUACGCCUAUGCACCAAAUGAUUGCAAGCGGAUUAGUCUGCGUUAUCGAACUCCGUUACAUUAUUGAUAUUAUAUGAAGAGCACAGCGGGAAAUACACGAAGGACAUGAAAGGUAUAAAAAUGAUUUUUCCCGCAAAUGUUAAGGUAAAAGUUAAAAAAAAACAAAAACUAACCGACCUGUACAUACGAUGCAAUUUGACAAGAUGGUGGAAGCGAACGUGGUAGCAAGACGGAAAACCACGAAAAGCCAAUUGAAAAACUGCACUAUCACCGGCAAGCGGCAAUUGGACCGAUGCCAUACGGGUGAAGCAUUAGGUGAAGCGCAAUAUGGAUCGAAUCUGUUUUUGGCUAACUUUAAAAACCCAACGCCUCUACUGCGGAGGGAGCCACAUCAAACUAACAUUUACAUUCAAACGUAUCUCGCGUAUGCAAACAAGCAAUCGUCCGGAUAGGGACCGUGGGGAGGGCGUGGGGUAGGUGGACAGGCAUUUGCAUGACAACAUGAUGAUUCGAGAAUAUUAUUCUUACGACAGCAAGCAUACAUAUAUACAAGAAAAUACCAAUUCUCUUAGCUAUAUCUCUUAGCUUACCUAAUACACACGAAUCGAAUAGACGCUUAAACUGAAGUGCACUAGAUAUAACAAAGCAAACAGUAGGAAAAUUAACAAUAACAAUAAUUAUAUUUUGCUUCAAAUAACAA